GAGAUGGAUUCCACCCAGGAAGGAGCUGUGUAUUUCAUCAACCAUAAUGAAAGACGGAACACAUUUCUACACCCACUGACCGGCCAGGUCCCAGAGGAAAACAAAAAGUUUGACUUGAAAAUAUCGACCUUGGACAUGUCCAAUAAAGCAGGUGGGAAACACCCAACUACCACCAACAGUGACCUAUCCAACCACAACAUGGUGUCCGAGGUCCCUCCAGAGCGGCCCAGUGUCCGGGCCACCCGGACGUCCCGCAAGGCCAUUGCUUUCGGCAAGCGCUCGCACUCCAUGAAGCGGAACCCCAGUGCUCCUGUCACCAAGGCAGGCUGGCUUUUCAAGCAGGCCAGCUCCGGGGUUAAGCAGUGGAAUAAGCGCUGGUUCGUCCUGGUAGAUCGCUGCCUCUUCUACUAUAAAGAUGAGAAGGAGGAGAGCAUCCUGGGCAGCAUCCCCCUCCUGAGCUUCCGGGUGGCUGCGGUGCAGCCCUCAGACAACAUCAGCCGAAAACAUACCUUUAAGGUGACUGUGUGCUGGGUGAACGAGGCUGGGGACAGUUCCACGCACUGCCUCUCCCCACAGGCUGAGCACGCCGGGGUCCGCACCUACUUCUUCAGUGCCGAGAGCCCCGAGGAGCAGGAGGCCUGGAUCCAGGCCAUGGGGGAGGCUGCCCGAGUACAGAUCCCCCCAGCCCAGAAGUCGGUGCCCCAAGCUGCACGUCACAACCACGAGAAGCCAGACUCUGAGAACAUCCCACCCAGCAAACACCACCACCAACCCCCCCAAAACAGCCUUCCCAAGCCUGAACCAGAGGCCAAGACUCGAGGAGAGGGUGAUGGCCGAGGCUGCGAGAAGGUGGAGAGGAGGCCUGAGAGGCCUGAAGUCAAGAGCGAGCCUCUGGUGAAAGCCAAUGGUGUCCACGCUGGACCAGAACCAGCCUCAGACCCGGGCAGCCCUUACCCUGAGGGCCCAAGGGUCCCAGGAGGGGGGGAGCGGCCCACCCAGCCCAAUGGCUGGCAGUAUAGCUCCCCAAGCCGGCCGGGGAGCACAGCUUUCCCACCUCAGGACUCAGAGAGUGGGGGGCACCGGCAGAGCUUCCCGCCACGUGCCAACCCCGACAAAAUCGCCCAGCGCAAGAGCUCCAUGAACCAGCUUCAGCAGUGGGUGAACCUGCGCCGAGGGGUGCCCCCUCCUGAAGAUCUUCGGAGUCCCUCUAGGUUCUACCCUGUGUCCCGUAGGGUCCCUGAGUAUUACAGCCCCUACUCCUCCCAGUACCCUGAUGAUUACCAGUACUACCCGCCAGGGGUACGGCCCGAUAGCAUCUGCUCCAUGCCGGCCUACGAUCGGAUCAGCCCACCCUGGGCCCUGGAGGACAAGCGGCACUCCUUCCGGAAUGGAGGCGGCCCCGCCUUCCAGCUGCGGGAGUGGAAGGAGCCUGCCGGCUAUGGGCGGCAGGAUGGCACCACCUGGAUCCCCAGCCCCUCCCGGCAGCCUGUCUAUUACGAUGAACUGGAUGCCGCCUCCGGCUCCCUGCGCCGCCUGUCCUUGCAGCCCCGUUCCCACUCUGUGCCCCGCUCGCCAAGCCAGGGGUCCUACAGCCGCGCCCGCAUUUACUCCCCCGUCCGCUCACCCAGUGCCCGUUUCGAGCGGCUGCCGCCUCGCAGUGAGGACAUCUAUGCUGACCCUGCUGCCUAUGUGAUGAGGCGAUCCAUCAGCUCCCCCAAGUAUGAUUACCUGGGAGACAGGCGGCCAGUCCCUGCAGGACUGUUCCCCUACAACUACCCACCAUCCCCCACGGUCCACGAUAAGAUGGUCCCUCCAUACCCAGAAGUGUUCCGGGACAGCCUCCACACCUACAAGCUAAACGAGCAAGACACAGAUAAGCUGCUGGGCAAGUUGUGUGAGCAGAACAAGGUGGUGAGGGAGCAGGAACGGCUGGUGCAGCAGCUCCGAGCUGAGAAGGAGAGCCUGGAAAGUGCCUUGAUGGGGACCCAUCAGGAGCUGGAGAUGUUUGGAAGCCAGCCUGCCUACCCGGAGAAGCUGCUGCACAAGAAGGAGUCGCUGCAGAACCAGCUCAUCAGCACCCGGGUGGAGCUGUCUCAGGCAACCACGGCCCUGGCGAACAGCACCAUGGAGUACGAGGGCCUGGAGGCAGAGGUCUCUGCCCUGCACGACGAGCUCUGGGAGCAGCUCAGCUUGGACCUUCAGAAUGAGGUGCUCAACCGACAAAUCCAGAAGGAGAUCUGGAGGAUCCAGGAUGUGAUGGAGGGGCUGAGGAAGAAUAACCCAUCCCGGGGCACAGACACAGCCAAGCACAGAGGAGGACUUGGCCCCUCAGGCACCUACAGCUCCAACAGCCCCGCCAGCCCUCUCAGCUCCACCAGCCUCACCAGCCCCCUGAGCCCUUUUUCAUUGGUGUCUGGCUCUCAGGGGUCCCCCACUAAGCCCGGGUCCAAUGAGCCCAAGGCAAGCUAUGAGCAAAGCAAGAAAGACCCCCACCAGACAUCACCCCUGGACACCACUAGAGACAUCGGCCUUGUGCCCACCAGGCAAGAGGUGGAAGCAGAGAAGCAGGCAGCUCUCAACAAAGUUGGCAUUGUGCCCCCUCGGACAAAGUCACCCACUGAUGAAGAAGUGACCCCAUCAAGGGUGGUGAGGAGGAGUGCCAGCGGGCUCACCAAUGGACUCUCCUCCCGGCAGGAGCGCCCCAAGAGUGCUGUGUUCCCUGGUGAGGGCAAGGUCAAGAUGAGCGUGGAGGAGCAGAUUGACCGCAUGCGGCGGCACCAGAGUGGCUCUAUGAAGGAUAAGCGGAGGAGCCUGCAGCUCCCGGCCAGCCCGGCCCCCGAACCCAGUGCCCGGCCUGCCUACAAAGUGGUGCGCCGUCACCGCAGCAUCCAUGAGGUGGACAUCUCCAACCUGGAGGCAGCUCUGAGGGCAGAGGAGCCUGGUGGGCAGGCCUACGAGACACCACGGGAGGAGAUUGCCCGGCUCCGCAAAAUGGAGCUGGAGCCCCAGCACUAUGAUGUGGAUAUCAGUAAGGAGCUCUCCACCCCAGACAAAGUCCUCAUCCCUGAGCGGUACAUUGACCUGGAGCCUGACACUCCCCUGAGCCCAGAGGAGUUGAAGGAGAAACAGAAGAAGGUGGAGAGGAUCAAGACGCUCAUUGCCAAGUCCAGUAUGCAGAACGUGGUGCCCGUCGGCGAGGGGGACCUUGUGGACGUGCCCCAGGACUCAGAGAGCCAGCUGCAGGAGCAGGAGAAGCGGAUUGAAAUCUCCUGUGCCCUGGCGACCGAGGCCUCCCGCAGGGGCCGCAUGCUGUCUGUGCAAUGUGCCACCCCAAGCCCUCCCACCUCCCCUGCCUCCCCGGCUCCACCAGCCAACCCCCUAUCGUCUGAAUCCCCACGGGGCGCCGACAGCAGCCAUGCCAUGCGGGUCUGAGCUCUGACCGCAAGCCCUGGCCGAGGCCAACGCCGUGAAGCUCCACAGAGCCACGUUCUGAAGCCCGCCUCUGCCCAUCCUGGCCCCCUGGCCCCCCGCCCCUGUGCUCCCAUGGGAAUGCCACAGAGAGCCAGGCUGGGGACCGGGGUUCUGCCGAGAGGAGCACGGAUGCCUCAGUGUUCACAUACCCACGGCACCCGGCCCUGAAGUCCUUGCUGCUCAGACGGUGGUCCUAGGCCAGGGCGUGAGAUGGUGGGGUGAGGAGCGCCAUCCUAUCUGAUGCCCACGGCACAGGGAGCGUAGGUCUGGCUCUGGCUGGGGUUGUGAUGGCCCUACUGGAACAUUCCCUGAUGGAGAAGAUGCCCUGGUGGGGAAUGCGCUCUGGG